AACUCCCUUAUUGUGAAAUCUGCCUGGAGCGGAAGUUGCCGGUUAGCAUCCCGCAGCUUAGCGGAGUGUGUGUGUGUGUUUGUGUGUGUGUGUCCGCUGUGAAGAUGUUACCGUUAUCAGUCAAAGACGAUGAAUAUAAACCCGCCAAGUUCAACCUGCUGCUGAAGCUGUCCGGAUGGUUCAGGUCCAUCCUCGCUGAUAAAACCUCCCGGAACCUUUUCUUCUUCCUCUGCCUGAAUCUGUCCUUCGCCUUCGUGGAGCUCAGCUACGGAAUAUGGAGCAACAGUCUAGGUCUGAUCUCAGACUCCUUCCACAUGUUCUUCGACUGCACCGCUCUCCUCGCAGGUCUUGCAGCCUCCGUCAUCUCCAGGUGGAGAUCCAACGACAGCUUCUCCUACGGUUAUGUUCGAGCUGAAGUUCUCGCCGGCUUCGUCAACGGUCUCUUCCUCAUCUUCACAGCGUUCUUCAUCUUCUCUGAAGGAGUCGAGAGAGCUCUGGAGCCUCCUGAUGUUCACCAUGAGCGGCUGCUUCCUGUCUCUGUUGCCGGUUUGCUCGUUAAUCUGGUCGGGAUCUUCGUUUUCCAGCAUGGAGGCCACGGCCACUCACAUGGAGAGGAAGGUCACGGUCACAGUCACUCGUUGUUUAACGGCAGUCUGAAUCACGGACACAGUCACGGAGGACACGGACAUCAGAAACACGGAGGACACGGACACAGCCAUGACGGACACGGAGGACAUGGACACAGCCAUGACGGACACGGAGGACACGGACACAGCCAUGACGGACACGGAGGACACGGACACAGCCAUGACGGACACGGAGGACACGGACACGGAGAACACGGACACGGACACGGAGGACACGGACACGAGGAUCCACACUGUCACGACGAGCUGCAGCACACGCCGGGGAAAGGUGCUAGUAAACAGAUCCUGCAGGGUGUCCUGCUGCACAUCAUCGCUGACACACUCGGCAGCAUCGGUGUCAUCAUCUCUGCUCUGCUGAUGCAGAAAUACGACCUCAUGAUCGCCGACCCCAUCUGCUCCAUGCUGAUCGCCCUGCUCAUCGGAGUCAGCGUGGUGCCGUUGCUACGGGAGUCGAUCGGGAUCCUGAUGCAGAGGACGCCGCCGUCCCUGGACCAGGCGCUUCCUGAGUGCUACCAGAGGGUGCAGCAGCUGCAGGGAGUUUACAACCUGCAGGAUCCUCACUUCUGGACCCUUUGUACCGACGUCUACAUCGGAACCCUGAAGCUGCUGGUCGCCCCCGACGCCGACACGCGCUGGAUCCUCAGCCAGACGCACCACAUCUUCACACAGGCGGGGGUGCGGCAGCUCUACGUUCAGGUCGACGUGGCAGCGAUGUAGAAGCUCCGCCUCUCUGAGACUCUGGGACCAAUCCAUGGUGACCUCUGAGGUCACUGCAGGACAGACUGGGGGGGCGGGGCUUACAGAGAACUUUGAAUUAAAGCCCCCACCCCCCCUCCAUGCCCCCCCUUGUUUGUUUUUUAAUCUCUCUCUGUCGACUGGAGCAAAGCAUUCUGGGUAAGUGCCUUCAUCAUGAAUCAGAGACAAUCUGACCCCGCCCCCCCCGAUGACAUCACAGCUGGGACCAGACAGCUGAUUGGUCCUUGGUGUGUGUGAUGUCACUGUUUUUAGGUGCCAAAUCAUGUGAUCAGAUCAUGUGAUCAUGUGACCAGUCGGUGGGUUUUCUGUAAUAAAUGAUUCCAAAGUGA